CCAACAGCAUGAAGUUGGAGUUCGCUGUCAAAAACAGUCAAAAAUUUAUAAAUGGUAGUUUUCGGUGACGGAAGAUGUGUUUAGCAAAAUGGCCGAGGAAUUGAUUUUCUUAAAAGAAGAUGGAUAUUUAAAUGUAGAUUCGGAAAUAAAACAAAUUGUUUAUCAUCCAUCGUUAAAUGUAAUUUUAAUUUGUACCGGUGAAGGCAUUGUCCGCGUCUUGGAUGUCAAUUCGGGUGUCGUGCUGCAAAACAGCAACUUAUCAGCACAAAAUGGUAAUGAAAUAGCAUGUCAGUAUAUACCUGAGUUAGAUCGAGUGCUGUUUUGUGAUGGCCAGGCUCUUGGUGUAAGAUCAGAUUAUAAUGGUGUGUUGUUGCUUGAUACAAUAUUACAAAAGCCUACAUGUAAACCAAAGGAUAGUGUAAAACUAGAACUUCUACUUUCUGAGGCAAUCAUAUUAAAACAAAGUUUAACGUCUGCGGCUGUAACAGGGAUCGAUGAUAUACUUAAUGAGUUGACAGAGAAAAUUUCAGAAGCUCAGGAGUGUUUGAAGAUAGGUAUUAAAGCACAAAAGUGGACCACUCUUUGUCUGGAACUGCCACUAGAAGCAUUUCGUUCUGCAACAAAUGCAACAGUUACAGAACUAAUUGUAAAAAAUCAGCGCACACCAGAACUUGGGGUGGCUUCAGCUGUGUAUGAGCGUUUAUCAGAACUGCUUGGAGAGCAGGCAAAUGCUUCAGAUAGGAGAGCAAUGGCCAGUGAGGCCAAAAGAAGAGAAACAUUUACAAAUUGGCCACACAUGGACUAUAAAUGGGCAUUGCCUGAUCAGAUGGCACAGGCUGGAUUUUAUCAUCAACCUAAUGUCUCCGGUAAAGACAGGGCCAUGUGUUUUACAUGUACUGUUUGUCUAGUUUGCUGGGAACGUACAGAUGAGCCUUGGAGUGAGCACGAACGUCACUCCCCCAAUUGUCCGUUUGUUCUUAGUGAGUAUACCGAAAACGUACCGUUGUCUGUGACCUACGCGACGAGUCCGGCCGCGGAUGUCACUCACAGUUAUCGGAACAUGGUGCCAGUGAAUGUCCUGGGCACUAGCUCGGUUCCUCAUCUGUUUGCCACGUCCAAUUCAGAGGGACUUAUCAGCGUUUAUGACGUAACCGGAAAAGUGAAAAGGACACAUUCUUUUUUCGUCACGCAGUUCGACUCUCAUGUAUUGGAGAAGCUGACGCAAGACUUCGGGGUACCGAGCACUUGGUGCGAUAAUAAUGAAAUAAAACAUCCAGCUGAAAAACAAGUAACAGCUUUAACGAUAGUCGGAGAAAAAGCAGGUGCCAAAACAACCCCCCAACACUCAACCACUUCCACCAUUCGACCGAGUAUUAUAUGCGGAUUAAAUGUACGAUUCAGUGCAAAAUCACAAACUUGUGUGGAAGAAGAUAUGGAAGUAAUGGUAGAACAUCAUCAGCAAGUGUCUGAAAAUGGCCGCCUCUAUUUUGUUGUCUACGACUUUCAGUACGUCAAAGAACCUCUAGAAGUAACUAAUACAUUAGAUGGUAGCAGUAAGUAUGAUGCAACAGAUGCCCGUGUGAAUUCUAAAGACUUCAUUAUGCUAGAAGAAGCAGAAAAUUUACUCCUACCCACAACAAACAAUAACACUGGAGGUUCUGACAUAAUCACAUUUAUAUCAGAUUUUAAGCCCUACAACAUAGUAAAAGAGCAAGUUCUAUAUCAGAAUUUAAUUCCUGGCGAAAGCGACGAGAUAUUUUUGCCACCUUCGACUGAUAACAUUAAACAUUCAGGACCCAGAUUAGUGGACACCAGUGCUUCUGCUUUCGAUGCGCUUCAGUAUCCGAUGAGCAGCAGUCCAAUAGAAAAAACAAAUUCUGUGACUGACAAAACUAUUUCAGAUCACAUCGCAGAUCUAAAGAGUAAUCGUGUUAAUAAAAAAUUGAACUAUUCGCGUGCUGUGCAGUGUAUGUCAAUUCCUGAAAAUUACAAAUGCGCCGGAGACGCGAUUGCUUCCCACAUUGUUCCUACAGACGACGGCAGGCACGUUUUGGUGGUGGUUCAAAGUCCUAGUGGGACGUCCAACGGGCUAUUGUUGAUGUACGCAUUAGAUUUUUCCGGAAAGAUGGUGAAGGUUGUGGAACAACCGAUAAUGGCUAGAGAACUAUCGAGUAAUGAGAAUCCUAUCGAAGUAAGACUUCUGCCGCAACUAGAUCGAAUUGCGAAAGACUUUUCUGAAACUGAAGUGAGUGGAACUGUCAUCGCAGUGUGUUCAGAUGGUUCUAUACAGCUAAUUGAUCUUAGCACGUUAAAGACUGUGUCAGUGGCGAAAAUGGAUGGAGAAAAGUUCAUGUCGGCAGUUUAUUGCACUAGUUUGGAACGGCUGUGCGCAUCUACAAAGAAGGGUUCGCUACACUUUUACGCUUUAAAAGAUAACGAUAGCGAUUCUAUUGAAGAUCACGACGACGAAGAUAUGUUGGGUUUGUCAAUCGAUUCCCAGUUAGCAGGUUCACAUCCUACUGAAUCUUCCAGCGGUUCUGAAAUGCCCUACUAUUUCCACGAAUCAGUGGGUGACAUAAAGCUAGAAGAUCUAAGACGACUUCAAUCGCUAUGCCUGUUCGAACCGAUCAAAGUGGGCUAUUGUGCGGUUGUCCCCCCCUGCUGGAGUGAAAUGCAGCAGGCACAAAGACAACGACGCCAUCCUCACAUACAAACGGAAAACGAACAACACACUAAGACGUGGCGUCUUCAAACUGACACCACCACAUGGGACGAGCAUGUAUUUGAACUGACUUUGCCUUCUCCUACUUGUGUGGGUCAUGUGGAUGUUCAUUUUGCCCUUCAUGGUUCAUCGGUAUUACCACAUGUUGAGAUAACACUCCUGAAACAAAAUACCAAUAGUAUAGGUCAUAGGAAAAAUGUAAAGUUUGGUGUAGACGAUGCGAUCACAUUCGAAGCACUCCAGUGGGCAAAUAAUAACCCGGUGACGUCCCAAGAAUACCUUCGAGCCCAUAAGGCAGAUAUAUUGGCUGGACCAGUUGAUAUUGCAACCAGUCUGGAUCUUACAGACCAAGGGGGUUGUGUAACAUUAACUAGCCCUCGCUUAUUCAAAUCUCGAGUGCGCACUCUACUAUUACAUAUCAAAUCGGUUUUUGUGAAAGAAGAAGGUGGUACAAGAUUCGCCAACGCAACACGUAGUAGACGCGUUGCUAGUGGGGUCAGUGCAGCAGCAGGUGGAUCUUCGCUAAGCUCUAACAAAGGCGAGUUCUACAUGGGCUGUGACUGUUUGCAAGAAGUCAGUGUUACUGUGUAUACAGUUAAACAUGUGGAUAUUUCUAACGAAAAAAUGCAACGGAGCGCGAUGCUGGAGUCGAACGUGUUCGUGCAAUCUUUGGUUACGAUAGUGACUGCCGGAGGUUCGUACAGAGAUAGACAGAGCCGUGCCAUGGACAUAUUAAAUUGGAUUGCGGCCAUUCGUAUGACGCGAAACAGAAGCUGUAACGGAGAACCGCCUAAUCAACAAAUUGAAUUUUUGAAGAUAGUGGAGACGAAUUUACCAGGACUCCUGAGGCAAUGUCUGUUGCUCGCGAAUAGAUCCAUCUCACAUAAAUGUGCUAAAUUGAUGAUCAUUUGUAGCAAUGGCGCACGUAAUAUGAACGAGCAAAUAGGCAAACGAUUCGAUUCGUGCAUCUUGAGUGUCCUUCUAGUCAUCCUGGAAUCGAUAGAUCGUGUCCAAUCAGCUAGUAGUCUUCAGUGGAUUGUAAACCUCUUGUUUAAAGUGGCGCAGCCCGAUCAAUGCGCUCACAUAACUUCCAAGUGUGUAUCGCUUCUUUCCAAACUAUCUGAAGAGAUCCAUGCUCGUACCAAUCCUUAUCACCUGCUAUUGCGUAGUCGCUACGGCCUCUACGGGAUUCCAUUAGAGCCAGAAUUAUUCGACAUUGAGCCACCACCCUCCGUUAAAGCCACAAGUGUAGCAGUUACCUAUGCGUCUGUUGUGGCUGGAGACACAUCAGCAAUUCCAUCGACGGAUUUCCAUACGAAUUUUACAUGUAAUAAAGAAACGUUGGAUCCGAAAGAAGUCUUGUCUGUUUCUAAAGGCGAUAAUAAAAUCAAAUUGAAGAACGUUGCUUCCACCAAAAUGAUAAGGGGACUAUUGGAGACGGAACCGUUACAUUUCACUUGUGUAUCCGCCAGCGAAGGUACAAGAUUAGAAAGAGCGGAUUCGAAUGGGAAUAACUUUGUCAACAGUAUAAUUCCAAUACCGGUGUCGGGGACACAACCUUCUGUAAAUAGUGGGACGAAAAAGGUAGAAGUUGAAACGUUUAUGAGCGAACCGGAAGCUAUUUAUGUUCAUAAUCCUGGGAAAGAGGCCAGUAAUGGGCAGGGGAGCAGUAAUAACAGCAAUGCUUCUUUCUUCGAUGGAUUCUGCAAUAUGAUCUUGUACACUGACAAUCUCAAGACUGACGAAUUUUCUAAAAUUAAAAUGAGUAAGUCCAAUCUUCUAUUUGUGAGCCACACUUCUUUUACGGUCGUGCGGAAAGCAGCCCUUCUGGGACAGCUUCAUCGCAGACACAUUAAAAAACAUGUUCUCUUCGUCGUGCACGUAUGUGUUUCCGCAAGACAGGCUGUUCGUUUGGAACGGCUGUGCGCAUCUACAAAGAAGGGUUCGCUACACUUUUACGCUUUAAAAGAUAACGAUAGCGAUUCUAUUGAAGAUCACGACGACGAAGAUAUGUUGGGUUUGUCAAUCGAUUCCCAGUUAGCAGGUUCACAUCCUACUGAAUCUUCCAGCGGUUCUGAAAUGCCCUACUAUUUCCACGAAUCAGUGGGUGACAUAAAGCUAGAAGAUCUAAGACGACUUCAAUCGCUAUGCCUGUUCGAACCGAUCAAAGUGGGCUAUUGUGCGGUUGUCCCCCCCUGCUGGAGUGAAAUGCAGCAGGCACAAAGACAACGACGCCAUCCUCACAUACAAACGGAAAACGAACAACACACUAAGACGUGGCGUCUUCAAACUGACACCACCACAUGGGACGAGCAUGUAUUUGAACUGACUUUGCCUUCUCCUACUUGUGUGGGUCAUGUGGAUGUUCAUUUUGCCCUUCAUGGUUCAUCGGUAUUACCACAUGUUGAGAUAACACUCCUGAAACAAAAUACCAAUAGUAUAGGUCAUAGGAAAAAUGUAAAGUUUGGUGUAGACGAUGCGAUCACAUUCGAAGCACUCCAGUGGGCAAAUAAUAACCCGGUGACGUCCCAAGAAUACCUUCGAGCCCAUAAGGCAGAUAUAUUGGCUGGACCAGUUGAUAUUGCAACCAGUCUGGAUCUUACAGACCAAGGGGGUUGUGUAACAUUAACUAGCCCUCGCUUAUUCAAAUCUCGAGUGCGCACUCUACUAUUACAUAUCAAAUCGGUUUUUGUGAAAGAAGAAGGUGGUACAAGAUUCGCCAACGCAACACGUAGUAGACGCGUUGCUAGUGGGGUCAGUGCAGCAGCAGGUGGAUCUUCGCUAAGCUCUAACAAAGGCGAGUUCUACAUGGGCUGUGACUGUUUGCAAGAAGUCAGUGUUACUGUGUAUACAGUUAAACAUGUGGAUAUUUCUAACGAAAAAAUGCAACGGAGCGCGAUGCUGGAGUCGAACGUGUUCGUGCAAUCUUUGGUUACGAUAGUGACUGCCGGAGGUUCGUACAGAGAUAGACAGAGCCGUGCCAUGGACAUAUUAAAUUGGAUUGCGGCCAUUCGUAUGACGCGAAACAGAAGCUGUAACGGAGAACCGCCUAAUCAACAAAUUGAAUUUUUGAAGAUAGUGGAGACGAAUUUACCAGGACUCCUGAGGCAAUGUCUGUUGCUCGCGAAUAGAUCCAUCUCACAUAAAUGUGCUAAAUUGAUGAUCAUUUGUAGCAAUGGCGCACGUAAUAUGAACGAGCAAAUAGGCAAACGAUUCGAUUCGUGCAUCUUGAGUGUCCUUCUAGUCAUCCUGGAAUCGAUAGAUCGUGUCCAAUCAGCUAGUAGUCUUCAGUGGAUUGUAAACCUCUUGUUUAAAGUGGCGCAGCCCGAUCAAUGCGCUCACAUAACUUCCAAGUGUGUAUCGCUUCUUUCCAAACUAUCUGAAGAGAUCCAUGCUCGUACCAAUCCUUAUCACCUGCUAUUGCGUAGUCGCUACGGCCUCUACGGGAUUCCAUUAGAGCCAGAAUUAUUCGACAUUGAGCCACCACCCUCCGUUAAAGCCACAAGUGUAGCAGUUACCUAUGCGUCUGUUGUGGCUGGAGACACAUCAGCAAUUCCAUCGACGGAUUUCCAUACGAAUUUUACAUGUAAUAAAGAAACGUUGGAUCCGAAAGAAGUCUUGUCUGUUUCUAAAGGCGAUAAUAAAAUCAAAUUGAAGAACGUUGCUUCCACCAAAAUGAUAAGGGGACUAUUGGAGACGGAACCGUUACAUUUCACUUGUGUAUCCGCCAGCGAAGGUACAAGAUUAGAAAGAGCGGAUUCGAAUGGGAAUAACUUUGUCAACAGUAUAAUUCCAAUACCGGUGUCGGGGACACAACCUUCUGUAAAUAGUGGGACGAAAAAGGUAGAAGUUGAAACGUUUAUGAGCGAACCGGAAGCUAUUUAUGUUCAUAAUCCGGGGAAAGAGGCCAGUAAUGGGCAGGGGAGCAGUAAUAACAGCAAUGCUUCUUUCUUCGAUGGAUUCUGCAAUAUGAUCUUGUACACUGACAAUCUCAAGACUGACGAAUUUUCUAAAAUUAAAAUGAUUACCGAUACGACAUGGGAAAUAUCGGUCGAUUCAGACAGUAGUAGCAUAAAUUCUGAGACUAAUAAGCCAGUGUUCGGGGUUGAUCAGAUCCUUUCUCCACCCCAAACAUUACCAUGGCAACAGCUACUAAUUACUCCACCACAACAAGUAAUUAUCGUAGAACGUAUGCAUUCGGGGGCACGAAGAUUUGUUACCCUCGAUUUUGGUCAGAUGGUCCUUUUGACCGACAUACUAAUACCUGCAUGCCACGAUCUGGUAUCCUUAUCGGUAGAUGUCUGGGUGAAGAGUGAAGAUGUUGAUGCCGUUCGGCUUGUAGUCGCUUCCGACAUCAAUACGAAGAAUUUGAUCCUUAGUGACCUCCAACCACAGCCAUUAUGCAGAUAUUUAAAGAUAACAGCAGUAGGGAGAUAUGGCAUGUCAACGACGAGAUGCCGGAUACCAAUCGGUUCUUUCUUUGGGCAUUUAGUGACAACCCAUCUGACGAACAAAGAACACGAAGAGUGCCAGAAAUCUACGUGCACAGAACUUGAGAAUCAACUAGGUGUAUUGUCAAUGUUACUGGAAGAUGUCGGAUGCCGAUACAGUCUGGCAUCGACAAAACUGAAAAAUUUCUUGCAACCUUUUCUCAAUUCGAACGUAAGCAAUGCUUCUCACUUCGCAACAUACAUGAGCAUUAUGAAGGAAAAUGAGCCAGGAAGUUGCACUUUGGGAGGAGGCGAAGUUUCUAAAAUUAUUACAGCUUAUCAGGAAGCUGUAACAUACCAACGACAACUUAAUACCGUUCGCAGCGUAAUGCGCCGCAUCGAAGACAUGUUACACCCUGUCAAUAACCCUCUUACUAACGUCAAAUCUCUCAAUCACGUUGUAAGCGAUGACAAAUCCGAUGCAAGUCAGCCAGCUUUAAAAUUAUCCAGUACAUCUACCGAUAAACUAUGCUGUAUUGUUGAAGCACUUCUGGACUCGCUACUGUCCAUUGAUAGCACUGCAGAAAUUAAUCUGGACACUUGUCAAAAACUGUUCUCUGGAUUGUGUGUUGCUCAGAAUUCUCGUAUACAACUUUUAGGAGCCACACUUCUUUUACGGUCGUGCGGAAAGCAGCCCUUCUGGGACAGCUUCAUCGCAGACACAUUAAAAAACAUGUUCUCUUCGUCGUGCACGUAUGUGUUUCCGCAAGACAGGCUGUUCGUACUAUUGGCUUUCUUGGGACGCAAGAGUCCUGACAGAAGCUCAGUUGUAGAUGCAACGUUACGAGUGAUAGCUGAAGUGUUAGUGCCUUUAGCGGAAAACAGGCAGAAUUUGCUGGCUGUCUCUAUUGACUGUCCAUUGCUUGGUUGGCUGUUGCUUUUCUUGUCUCUGCUUCUGGAUAUGAAUAAGGGUAUGUUGCCGAACGCGACUAGGUGGGAUUGGGUAACUGGGGAAAUAGCUGGAAAGACGAACGAUACAUCUGGGUCGAGUUACAAGAAGAAACUCCAAAAGACGUAUCUGUACAAACAGCAGUUAAAGAACCUCGACUGGACCCAAAAAGUGUGUCACACAUCCACUCAGGUACAGGCUUUAUCGGCGUUAUCUAGUCAAGCUGCACAUUUAACAUCAAAACUAGAGGCAGCUUUGAAACAGCAGGAACAUAUUUUCAAAAAGAUGAAGCACUAUAAAGUUUUGAAGGAUGCUUCAAAAUCUCUGACUGAUUCAGACAAUAACGGUUCAAGCAAACAAACGAAACGUAGGAGAGAGCCGUCCCAACCUCAAGAGAAUAAACAGUGGUCCUCCUUGCCCUCUCAGCAGCUCGAUUGCAUCCAUUGUUUAGUAGUUGCCAAAUGCCUUAUCUCUCUUUUAUUAUCUGUUGAUCAUUCAUGUAGUGCUGACAUGUUUCUUUUAUCUUGCAAGGUUAUAGCGAGAUUGAUAAGUUUAGCUCGUUUAAGACUUGGUCAAUUAAUGAACGAAGAUCAUCUGUUAAAGUUAGUUAAGAUUUGUAUAGGAUCGGAAUUGCCAUGGGCUCCCCAUGCCUUGGCUUGUCUAUUACAAGACGCUCUAGAAGUUACUAAACCUACAUCUUCCGAAACUGAUAUGGAAACAGACAAUCCUUCCACAAAUGCAUGGACACCAUCUGAUCUUAUCACAGAUGUGGAAAGUUUGUGCGAAUCGUUCAUUUUCGACGACGGUUUCAUAUUUGAGCCCGCUUCGAAACAGGGGAAAACCACAAAUAACAAUGAGAACACUUCUAGUGCAAACAGUAACGUGAAUAAUGUUACCGCGAAUCCCAAUAAUGGUUCAAAUUCCGCAGGAGCAUCAGGCAAUAAUAAUGCAGGUGGUAGUCAGCUAACUUACGUCUAUGAAUCAGACGAUUCGGAGCUGGAAGACUUCUUGGACGACAUCCUCGAACGUGGCCGUAAUCUUCUGAAACGUUCUUCAAAAAGUUCACAUCCUAGUCUAGCUACGUCGUCCGCAAUGGACGCAAGAUUAGAACAUAAUGUUGAAAUGUCGGCCGAAAUAGCCCUUCGACAAUUAACUAUAGCCACAACGUGCAACUUAGUACAGAACGUCAGCGCGUCAGUGCCUCAAGGUGAACUUCAGAAGGAAACUACCGUUUGGCCUACAAGACUUACUACCCCAUGGCAAAUACAUCCCCAGUCAUCCGCGACCAACCGGUACUUGCUCAUAUCUUGUUUUAAUUCCCUAUUCCGUGACCUGCACUCGCAAUCGCCGGCUAAUAUGGAAAACGUGCUUCAGCUCUGGUUAACGUUGAAUUGUGUUCGUCCCGAUGAUAAAUUCGAUCCGUCGGUAAUGCCAUUCGUGGGAUUAAGUGGGGAUGCAGUGAACGCAUUGGUUUCUGCCAUCGCAUGGAGUCCCGGUUUGUCUCUGAGGACUUGGUGUAGCGCGUUACAGACUCUAACGCUUGUCUGUAACAUGACUCAUAAUGAAACAGGAACGUCGCCAAAUCAGUGGUCUGAUCCUUAUGGAUUGUAUGCAAUGACACAGUGUAUCGUUGGACAUCCAGAUUUUACACAAAUGCUUCUGAGAUUGCUAUCUGGUAGUGGAUUGGUGUUCUCUGAAAAAGGAUUAGCGGGACCAUCUCUUUGUAAGACGUUGCAUGAUUUUUUGGUACGACUUCAAAUGCGUUGUAACGUGGUUAGUCCUAGUAGUCACCCAGGAAGUAACUUGAAAAGUCUCCUUUUAAAGAUUGUUUAUCAACUUAUACAACCAAAUGGACCUUUGGCCGCUAGACAGGGGCCCUUGGACGCGCAAUGUAAAUUAUUGCAGUCAAUGGGUUACCUUGACUAUUCUAAUGCCGACUUGAGCAUUGCCAUGAGUAUAUUUGAAAGUACAGGAAUUUUAGCUCAUUCGUACAUUUCUCAUGUAGAAAGAAUUAGAUGCGUAAAUAUUGGCGAACGUUUGAACCCUACUUCGCAUCUCUUUAGCGGAAUAUUAGCGUCUGUUUUGGGAUCAGAAUCAAACAAACAAGAUCGGCCUGUCUCCUGGGACUUUUUGCUCAUCUCAUUGCUCAAAUUACAAGCAAAAUUGGUGCAAACUCCUCUGCCUGGUACAAAUGAACAAUCGGAGGCAAUGGAUACAGAGCCAGUGGUUACAUCUCAAACGGAUGAGAGUAAAGCGGAACAAAUUCAGCAAGAGAAAAGUGGCCCCACCGUGCCUUGUUUGGCCGAUACCGUACUCCAGCAUCACCCGAGUAUAAUCCGAUUAUGUCAGUGUCUUGCAGCUUGCAAAGCGUCAUCACUUUCGAUGUUGGCCAAUAUAUCGCAGCAAAGCGCAUUUACUGACUUAGGUGAACCGGGAACAGUUGGUGAUGCGGUCUUUCACGUCUUAGCUGCUUUAGCAAAAAAAGCGUCGAAUAAAGAACUGGUUCUCGAGCCGGUGCUCAUGUUUCUAGUGCAGGCCCCGCAACUAAGUGAACCUUUGCUCUGGUUCAUACUGCAAGUUAUUGACACAGAGGAUGCUCUAAGGAGUUUUCUCAAUUCCGGUAAACAUUUUUUUUUUGUAUGUGAGCCACACUUCUUUUACGGUCUUACCGAUACGACAUGGGAAAUAUCGGUCGAUUCAGACAGUAGUAGCAUAAAUUCUGAGACUAAUAAGCCAGUGUUCGGGGUUGAUCAGAUCCUUUCUCCACCCCAAACAUUACCAUGGCAACAGCUACUAAUUACUCCACCACAACAAGUAAUUAUCGUAGAACGUAUGCAUUCGGGGGCACGAAGAUUUGUUACCCUCGAUUUUGGUCAGAUGGUCCUUUUGACCGACAUACUAAUACCUGCAUGCCACGAUCUGGUAUCCUUAUCGGUAGAUGUCUGGGUGAAGAGUGAAGAUGUUGAUGCCGUUCGGCUUGUAGUCGCUUCCGACAUCAAUACGAAGAAUUUGAUCCUUAGUGACCUCCAACCACAGCCAUUAUGCAGAUAUUUAAAGAUAACAGCAGUAGGGAGAUAUGGCAUGUCAACGACGAGAUGCCGGAUACCAAUCGGUUCUUUCUUUGGGCAUUUAGUGACAACCCAUCUGACGAACAAAGAACACGAAGAGUGCCAGAAAUCUACGUGUACAGAACUUGAGAAUCAACUAGGUGUAUUGUCAAUGUUACUGGAGGAUGUUGGAUGCCGAUACAGUCUGGCAUCGACAAAACUGAAAAAUUUCUUGCAACCUUUUCUCAAUUCGAACGUAAGCAAUGCUUCUCACUUCGCAACAUACAUGAGCAUUAUGAAGGAAAAUGAGCCAGGAAGUUGCACUUUGGGAGGAGGCGAAGUUUCUAAAAUUAUUACAGCUUAUCAGGAAGCUGUAACAUACCAACGACAACUUAAUACCGUUCGCAGCGUAAUGCGCCGCAUCGAAGACAUGUUACACCCUGUCAAUAACCCUCUUACUAACGUCAAAUCUCUCAAUCACGUUGUAAGCGAUGACAAAUCCGAUGCAAGUCAGCCAGCUUUAAAAUUAUCCAGUACAUCUACCGAUAAACUAUGCUGUAUUGUUGAAGCACUUCUGGACUCGCUACUGUCCAUUGAUAGCACUGCAGAAAUUAAUCUGGACACUUGUCAAAAACUGUUCUCUGGAUUGUGUGUUGCUCAGAAUUCUCGUAUACAACUUUUAGGAGCCACACUUCUUUUACGGUCGUGCGGAAAGCAGCCCUUCUGGGACAGCUUCAUCGCAGACACAUUAAAAAACAUGUUCUCUUCGUCGUGCACGUAUGUGUUUCCGCAAGACAGGCUGUUCGUACUAUUGGCUUUCUUGGGACGCAAGAGUCCUGACAGAAGCUCAGUUGUAGAUGCAACGUUACGAGUGAUAGCUGAAGUGUUAGUGCCUUUAGCGGAAAACAGGCAGAAUUUGCUGGCUGUCUCUAUUGACUGUCCAUUGCUUGGUUGGCUGUUGCUUUUCUUGUCUCUGCUUCUGGAUAUGAAUAAGGGUAUGUUGCCGAACGCGACUAGGUGGGAUUGGGUAACUGGGGAAAUAGCUGGAAAGACGAACGAUACAUCUGGGUCGAGUUACAAGAAGAAACUCCAAAAGACGUAUCUGUACAAACAGCAGUUGAAGAACCUCGACUGGACCCAAAAAGUGUGUCACACAUCCACUCAGGCUUUAUCGGCGUUAUCUAGUCAAGCUGCACAUUUAACAUCAAAACUAGAGGCAGCUUUGAAACAGCAGGAACAUAUUUUCAAAAAGAUGAAGCACUAUAAAGUUUUGAAGGAUGCUUCAAAAUCUCUGACUGAUUCAGACAAUAACGGUUCAAGCAAACAAACGAAACGUAGGAGAGAACCGUCCCAACCUCAAGAGAAUAAACAGUGGUCCUCCUUGCCCUCUCAGCAGCUCGAUUGCAUCCAUUGUUUAGUAGUUGCCAAAUGCCUUAUCUCUCUUUUAUUAUCUGUUGAUCAUUCAUGUAGUGCUGACAUGUUUCUUUUAUCUUGCAAGGUUAUAGCGAGAUUGAUAAGUUUAGCUCGUUUAAGACUUGGUCAAUUAAUGAACGAAGAUCAUCUGUUAAAGUUAGUUAAGAUUUGUAUAGGAUCGGAAUUGCCAUGGGCUCCCCAUGCCUUGGCUUGUCUAUUACAAGACGCUCUAGAAGUUACUAAACCUACAUCUUCCGAAACUGACAUGGAAACAGACAAUCCUUCCACAAAUGCAUGGACACCAUCUGAUCUUAUCACAGAUGUGGAAAGUUUGUGCGAAUCGUUCAUUUUCGACGACGGUUUCAUAUUUGAGCCCGCUUCGAAACAGGGGAAAACCACAAAUAACAAUGAGAACACUUCUAGUGCAAACAGUAACGUGAAUAAUGUUACCGCGAAUCCCAAUAAUGGUUCAAAUUCCGCAGGAGCAUCAGGCAAUAAUAAUGCAGGUGGUAGUCAGCUAACUUACGUCUAUGAAUCAGACGAUUCGGAGCUGGAAGACUUCUUGGACGACAUCCUCGAACGUGGCCGUAAUCUUCUGAAACGUUCUUCAAAAAGUUCACAUCCUAGUCUAGCUACGUCUUCCGCAAUGGACGCAAGAUUAGAACAUAAUGUUGAAAUGUCGGCCGAAAUAGCCCUUCGACAAUUAACUAUAGCCACAACGUGCAACUUAGUACAGAACGUCAGCGCGUCCGUGCCUCAAGGUGAACUUCAGAAGGAAACUACCGUUUGGCCUACAAGACUUACUACCCCAUGGCAAAUACAUCCCCAGUCAUCCGCGACCAACCGGUACUUGCUCAUAUCUUGUUUUAAUUCCCUAUUCCGUGACCUGCACUCGCAAUCGCCGGCUAAUAUGGAAAACGUGCUUCAGCUCUGGUUAACGUUGAAUUGUGUUCGUCCCGAUGAUAAAUUCGAUCCGUCGGUAAUGCCAUUCGUUGGAUUAAGUGGGGAUGCAGUGAACGCAUUGGUUUCUGCUAUCGCAUGGAGUCCCGGUUUGUCUCUGAGGACUUGGUGUAGCGCGUUACAGACUCUAACGCUUGUCUGUAACAUGACUCAUAAUGAAACAGGAACGUCGCCAAAUCAGUGGUCUGAUCCUUAUGGAUUGUAUGCAAUGACACAGUGUAUCGUUGGACAUCCAGAUUUUACACAAAUGCUUCUGAGAUUGCUAUCUGGUAGUGGAUUGGUGUUCUCUGAAAAAGGAUUAGCGGGACCAUCUCUUUGUAAGACGUUGCAUGAUUUUUUGGUACGACUUCAAAUGCGUUGUAACGUGGUUAGUCCUAGUAGUCACCCAGGAAGUAACUUGAAAAGUCUCCUUUUAAAGAUUGUUUAUCAACUUAUACAACCAAAUGGACCUUUGGCCGCUAGACAGGGGCCCUUGGACGCGCAAUGUAAAUUAUUGCAGUCAAUGGGUUACCUUGACUAUUCUAAUGCCGACUUGAGCAUUGCCAUGAGUAUAUUUGAAAGUACAGGAAUUUUAGCUCAUUCGUACAUUUCUCAUGUAGAAAGAAUUAGAUGCGUAAAUAUUGGCGAACGUUUGAACCCUACUUCGCAUCUCUUUAGCGGAAUAUUAGCGUCUGUUUUGGGAUCAGAAUCAAACAAACAAGAUCGGCCUGUCUCCUGGGACUUUUUGCUCAUCUCAUUGCUCAAAUUACAAGCAAAAUUGGUGCAAACUCCUCUGCCUGGUACAAAUGAACAAUCGGAGGCAAUGGAUACAGAGCCAGUGGUUACAUCUCAAACGGAUGAGAGUAAAGCGGAACAAAUUCAGCAAGAGAAAAGUGGCCCCACCGUGCCUUGUUUGGCCGAUACCGUACUCCAGCAUCACCCGAGUAUAAUCCGAUUAUGUCAGUGUCUUGCAGCUUGCAAAGCGUCAUCACUUUCGAUGUUGGCCAAUAUAUCGCAGCAAAGCGCAUUUACUGACUUAGGUGAACCGGGAACAGUUGGUGAUGCGGUCUUUCACGUCUUAGCUGCUUUAGCAAAAAAAGCGUCGAAUAAAGAACUGGUUCUCGAGCCGGUGCUCAUGUUUCUAGUGCAGGCCCCGCAACUAAGUGAACCUUUGCUCUGGUUCAUACUGCAAGUUAUUGACACAGAGGAUGCUCUAAGGAGUUUUCUCAAUUCCGGCGGUAUUCGAAUUUUGGCUCAGAGUUUGGUACAAAGUAGUAACGCCCCAAAUACAAUCUCACAUACAGGGACUAUUUCGGCAGUAAUGCAACAUUUCGGCUCGACUACUCGUUCUGAUGCCAGCACAGCCAUUGCAGCUGCUUCUGCAACGAAAAAAUUGCAACAAGCCACUUUGGAAAAUACCAUGUCCUUAGUUAAUUUUGCGCCCUUUGGUACAAUCAAGUGUCAAUCCGGUACCGCCCAGUCCGCGGAUGUUUUAAUCCAAGGUGGCGCGGCAGCGCAUAGAAGAGCCCGAACCCCACAGUGGUCGUAUCAUUUUUAUCCAGAAGAAAUACAUACCGAACUCCUAAUACAGCUUCCAAGUGCCAUACUCCUACGUGAAGUCCAUCUUCAGCCUCAUUUGAGUUCUCUCGCCACUUGUCCUUCUGCAGUCGCGCUAGAGGUUUCUUCAGACGGCCCAUCUCGCCUUGUUCCAGCCUGUCCCCCUCUUCCAACGAGCGGUAUGACAUUUAUCCGUUUCCACCUCCCUGUUCCUGAAGUGGUCAACUGCAUUCAGUUGUGUCUAUAUAAACCACGAGAUGCAAACAACAUCGGUCUCUCCCAAAUUCGUAUCUUGGGUACUUCGGCUUUCGGAGGACAUUUCAAGCAACUGCAACAAAUAGACCUGUCUGACGAUGAGUCUCAUUGUAAAUACAGUCUUGGCUGGCUCCGCCUUCUCCACCAUUGCUUUACCCUCGCUUCAGAUUCCAAUUUGAAGAGACAGGUAGUCACCAGUGCCGUUGAAGUACCGAAUUUAUUAUCUGUGUGCUGUGGCCUGCUUAUUAUGCCUACGAAUAUUCCAAUUUUAUAUUUGCCCAAUUUGGAAAGUGUAUUGUGCGAGAUGAGCCUUCACGACCGUGAAAAUGGUCUUAAUGUAAUCAGGAUUUUAUUGAAUAGUAAACCGAAUGGAAAUGAAGUGUUCACAGGAGUAAAUUGGGGCAGGGGUGUAAUGCUAGUUAAUUCAGCGGGAGUUCAAUCGGCUUGCGAACUUCUAAACCAGAUAUGCGGACAUCAGGAUUCUGAGACAGCUUUCAGGGUGGCAUUGUUGUUAGAAUGGGUAAAGUCUGUUUGUGAACAGGCCAUAGCCACGACGAAAACAGACGUCUGUAACGCUGCAUAUUUGUCUAGUAUUGCUUCUAUUCUGUGGACCACAUAUCAGUCACGCACAUCUUACAACAUAACUUCAUUAAUCACUUUAAAUCUCUUCGAUUCGUUGUAUAACCUCCUUGCGGUAGUACAGGGUAGCACGCCAUUAAAAUACGCCCUCGACUCGCUCUUGUGUUCACUAUGUUACAUUAAACUUGAAUUAUUUCCAACAUUGCUCCAACGCAUGGGUGUUUUGAUACCAAAUUUGUCUACUGACCACGGUGCCUCCAUUUCUGACGAUCGCAAAGAUUCGGAGAGUAUGACAGACGACACCAAACAAACGUUUGAGUGUGACUCUGAAUGGUACGGACGUUUGAUAAUCGGAGACUUGUCCACGUUAAAUUUGACUGAAAGUCAGUUAGAAACUAUAGCUUUAGUAAGCCGUUCACCAACGACUAUACAACAGUUGCUCGAUUCAGGACUUCCUAAGCUUCUUAAUACCGCAAUCCUUCAGUUCUGCUCGAGUUCAUACAAUUUUGCGUAUCCCAUGGCAAGAUUAGAGAAUGUUGCAACAAUUUUAAAAUUUUUUGCGGACGUUAGCGAAGAGAAAAUAAUGCGAGAUUGGUUGGGAUCGAAAGACGGCUCCUCAUUCUGGUUACCUCUUUUACAGUGGUUGUGCAGAACUGCUCAAUCCAAAAAAUCAAACGUAAAGUCAGAGACUUUAACACAGCUGGAAGAAAUUUGUAUUAGAUUUCUGUCAAAGUGUUCUAUCUGCCAUCCCAAUAAUCAGGCGCAUUUAGCAAAAAUUUUAUGCGAAGUAAUAGCUCAACAAACAAAUGGAAUUUCUGGCUUUAUGAGACGUCUAAUUCUCCAGCUACUGUUGGAAAACGAAAAGGUUCCUGUAACAAUAAAGGCCGAUGAAACGAUUUACCGCAAUACAUACUAUUACACCCCCGUACAUCCUGCGUUUAAACAAACCCACAAUCAGGCCUUUCUUUAUCUCGGAACGAACAUAACUUUGGCGGAAAUUCUGGAACAGCAUGUAUCGUUUUCGACGCUCGUUGAUACGGAUGUAUUGGGGGGUACAAACGGAAACAAACGUGACUCUACGGGAGGUAAGUGCGAGACAUCGAAAGGCUGGUGGCAUAUGGUUGAUUCAGACUUAAGUAUGGCCGCUGGUGUAACUGCGAAAGACAAAAGAGCCAAAGACGCGAAAAAUCAGGCAACUGCCACGCCUCAACUCAAAAAGAAACGCUACACCAACGCAGAUAUAGCCACCCAUCCGAAUGUAUUUGAAGGGAGAAUUAUCCGUUGUGAGGCGUUGCCCGAGAGAGCAUUACCAGUUAACAUGACGUUGGGACAAGUGUUAAGACUUAUAGAGACCAAAGGCGUGAAAACUGACUGGCCCUGUGUUCGUUUAAUUAUUGCUAAAAGUACAGGUAAUGAAGACAAAAACAAUAAGAACGAAAAUAACCCUAUUGUGUGCCAAAGUUCUUACAGUAGCACUUUACAAGUAUUCAGCUCCGUUGGUGGUUUAGCCCUUUUGGCGCAGCAUUUACCUGCCAUCUAUCCCGAAUCUAUUCGUACAACAAACACAAAAAAACAAAUAGUAGAACAAUCGGAAUCCGACUGGGUUAAAUUAGAAGGAAGUGACGAUAUCUAUGAAGACAUAGAGGAAACAGCUAGUAGCAGCACUCCUUCUAAAACGACCAACGUUGUGUCUAACGUUCCGACGCAUUCAUUAACAGCCUUUGGACUUUUUUUGCGACUACCUGGCUAUGCCGAAGUCUUGUUGAAAGAUCUCAAGAAAGCCCUGUGUUUGUUACGAUUGGUUUUGGGUGUUACCGAUGACGGUGAAGGGGGAGACAUAUUUCAAUCUCCGAUUGCCGACUCGUUACCGACCCUACCGUUCGAGGUGCUUCGCAAAUUGUAUGAUGCGACGCCCUUAAGUACCGACGAUGGUCGUCUUUUGCGACGGAUCAGUAUCAGCGCAGGUGUUGUACAUUUAUUACUUGCAUGUCUUGGUAUCUUCACCCAUCAAACACAGAACAUAGUAGAUAAGGACGGUAACAAAGAAAAAUUGAAAGAAGAAAAAUCAUCGCAGUUAUACUGGGCGAAAGGCACCGGAUACGGUACAGGUUCAACUCAGCAAAGUUGGAACGUAGAACAAGCACUUUUAAAACAAAGAAGCGAAGAAGAACAUGUUACCGUCCUGUUGCAAGUGCUUGCGAGUUACAUAAAUCCUAAUGGGGAAGCUGAUGAUGAACUGUCUGACAACGUCUUGCCCCCUGCCUUUUAUCAGCUUUUGGCCAAUAGCGCCUUAAUUCCAGCUUUAAGUUCUUAUCUUCGAAAUGAUUCAGUGUUGGACAUGGCGAGGCACAUUCCCCUGUACAAGGCUGCUCUACAAUUGCUCAGAGCCCUGGCAGCCAGUUCACAAUUGGUGUCGUUAUUGUUGCCUCAGAAGAACCAGAAUAAUGGGCCUUCUGUUAGUAUGUUGCUCAAAAAUAUGAAAACUUGCGUAGACACGUACGCGUCCAAACUAAAGACAGCGGAGACUCAUAAAACAAGUAAAAAAUUUAAUGGUAAGUCCUCUAGUGGAAAGUACAAAUCGAAAAUGGGUGAGCAACUUGAGGAGCUCGAACGGGACGAGGGGCUAGCGCAAUUAAUGCCCGAUAUUCAGGCCACCGCAAAUCUCGUGACUGCAGUUACCGAUCGCUUAAUCGAUUCUGAUAACGAACUUAUGGACACAAAAAUUGAGCAGCCUUUGUCAGCCUCUAUAGAAGAAAGAUACCUUAGCAUAAUGAAGAAGUUGCAAUUUGAUACAUUCGAAAUGAUUCAAGAAAUCCCGGAAGGAGGUUAUAAGUUCAUCGUAUCCCAUCAUUUCGAAAGCAACGCUCGUUCGGCUGGGGACCAAUCCCAUCCGGCUCGUGUAAAGCGUCUUGCUCAGGAAGCAGUCACUUUAGCCACCAGUCUUCCCCUUAGCUACAGUAGUUCCGUUUUUGUUCGGUGCGACACUGAUCGACUAGACAUCAUGAAGGUGUUAAUAACCGGACCAGCAGAUACUCCGUACGCAAACGGUUGCCUGGAAUUGGACGUCUAUUUUCCACCCGAUUAUCCACUUGCACCCAUGAUGAUUAACUUAGAGACAACAGGUCACCAUACUGUCCGCUUUAAUCCGAAUCUUUACAACGACGGGAAAGUUUGUCUCUCAGUUUUGAACACGUGGCACGGACGACCUGAAGAGAAAUGGAACCCACAAACUUCAAGUUUCCUUCAAGUCCUCGUCUCAAUUCAAAGCCUGAUCCUCGUACCUGAACCGUAUUUCAAUGAGCCUGGCUACGAACGGUCUCGGGGAACACCUGCGGGUACUCAAAGUUCCCGAGAAUACAAUCAAAACGUGUACCAAGCUACGGUACGAUGGGCUAUGCUAGAACAAAUCGUCAAUCCGUGCCCUUGUUUCCGAGACGUCAUUCAUGCCCACUUUUAUCUAAAAAGGGAUGAAGUAAUCGCACAAGUCGAGGAGUGGAUCAAGGACAUGGAGAACUCUUCAAAUGAGAAGAAAUCUUGUCGUAAUAACAAUAAGAGAACAGUAAUGAAUACUUUGGACAGUUUUAAGAAAACCUUUGAACAGCUCAAAGAAAAAUUAAUGCAGUUAGAACCUCCUGAUGGACUCACUGAAGAUGUGAGAAGGGCAAGUAGUACUGAAAUGGCGACGUCUGAUAGUAGUGAGGCUGUUAAUACUAAGGAAGAAGAUGAGGAGGAGGAAGAAGAGGAAACAUCUCAGGAACACUACCACCAACAACAACAACACCAGGAUGCUGUGGAGCAAAAUGAGAUCUUUGGGGACAUUGACAUGGAGAAGAUGGUGAACGAAAUGUGCGAGUGAAGUCAGGUAGCAUUUAUUUACUACGUACUAAACAAACCACGGCCUUUAAAUAAAUAUUUACAAAAAACACAAACCAAACGCAAGUUAAUUUAGUUUAAUUGACUGCGGCCACUACGGCGAUGAUCAUCACUCGUGUUUAUUAUAAUUAUUUAAUGGCAUUACCUAAGGAGUUUUUUAAUUUUUCUUCUUUUUCUUGUUAAUUCAACUUACUUAAAAAUACGUACGAAGCAGGAUCGUAUCAUGUGCGGAAACGAGGAAGUUAAGAAGCGAUCAAUUAUUUAAUUAAUAAAAUUGUGAUUGUUAUUUGUUGAUAUGCGUUUAAAUAAAUUUUAGAAUAUUUGUACUCCGACUGAGCGGGUAUUUUGUACAAAAGAGAAAGAGAAACUUAGACGAUGAAAUAUUCGAAUUGUUAGUUGCCAGAGACAAACACGUCAGAUAACCACUAUUACUACUACUACUACUACUACAUAUAAAAUACAACAACUGGUUACCAUGUUAUUAUAAUAUUAUUGCGAAAAAUGUGUCAUAAGGGCUGAAAAAUUUUACUACGAUCGUAGAGAAAGACGAAAGCGAAUACAUUUUGACAUUCGUUUAAAACUAGCGUGCGGAAAAAUGUGGAUACCUUAUCCCCACGUUUUUUUUUCUAGGCGACACUUUGUUGCUAAUUUUUAUGUGAUCACAAACAAAAAAAAUAAAUUAUAUUAUUUACG